AUGGAACGCGUUUAUGUACGACCGGCAGGAAAUGAUUGGGACAGUUUCUCGAUACUACCUUCUAAAAUGCUCACUCGUCUGACUAUUUUCGCGGCGGUUAUGAUCGUUGUUCACUCCCGGGUGGUGGACUACGGGUAUUACCCAGAAGAACCAGCUCUAGCGGCGAGGAUGAGUCCGUACGGCUGCUCGGCGUACGGUUGCAGCCGCCCCCUUUAUGAUGUCCCGCCGUAUCGAGCUCGUCUCGUGCCGUACCAAGCCGAGUUCAGAACCGCAUUCGACGGCUCCAAGUGCCCCACCGGCAUGGCUAGACCGGCGGGUUCUAACAGAUGUAUCAGGAAACAUUGA